CAUUGAGUAAUUUAAAUUCUGAAAUUUUGAUAAGGCUUGCAUUGUUUGUAUUAGCUAAUAUUUUCAUGUGCUGUUAAAUAGGUCUAAAGUGGUUGUACAUCUGUCAGAAACAAGAAGACAGAAAAACAGACAGACAAAUAAAACCCAGAUGAAAACAUAACCUCCUUGACGGAGGUAACGAACAAACCCGGAUGAAAACAUAACCUCCUUGGCGGACGUAGGCCUAAUUAACGGGAUGGUGAUAAGGAUGCUGAAACUCAGGCUUCUCAACAUGUUGGCUCCAGCCUACUUUUUCACGGCAACAGUGAUCACUUUUGCCUUGUAUUUUGUCUUUUUUAUUCCAACAAUUUUCCAACCUCCUGCCAUUAUGAUACACACAACUAUUUUUCUCUAUCUAAUGCUCAAUGCACUGGGGAAUUACGCAAUGACUAUAUGGUACCCAUCAGAGACUACCUGUGAAAGCACAAUUCCACUAUGUUCUCUGGACUGCUCAGACAGAGUGGAUGCCCAUUACCUCCGCAAUGACCGUCACUUUUGUAAACUAUGUAAGAAAGUGAUCUUGAAAAGGGACCACCACUGCUUCUUCACUGGAAACUGUAUAGGAAACAACAACAUGCGUUACUUCAUCAUGUUCUGCAUCUACACCUCGUGUAUCUGCUUGUACUCCCUAGUACUGGGUGUGGCAUACCUCACUAUGGAAUAUUCCAUUUCAUUCGAAAACCCCUUGGCAUUCCUCACACUGCUGCCUCUUUCAACAGGAUACUUCUUUAUUGGUGUGAUCGCAGGCCUCCAGUUCUUCCUGAUCUUGAUGCUUUAUGUGUGGCUGGGUAUAGGACUGGUAUGCGCUGGAUUCUGCUGCCAGCAAAUACUACUGGUAGCCCGCGGGCAGACUUGGUGCCAGCUGCAGAGGGGACGUCUCGUUCAGAGUCACAGGAUGUGGUGUGCCAAUCUGAAAGACGUGUUUGGUUCCCGGUGGGCGUUGGGUCUUUUUCUGCCCGUGCUCACAGUCAAGGUUGGCUCAAAACAUGAUGAGAACUUGGGCCACAAGCUUAAUUGAGUGUUUUAACAUACUGACACCAUGCCUAUGAUUUGUCUGCAGUCCCAAUACUAAGACAACAUUGAGCGUGUUUACAUGCACACUAAAACCUGAUUGUUAUCGGGUUUUUUUGUAGUUUUCUGAUCAUUCAAAUGCUCAUGUAAAUGGAAUAGGCCGAUAUUCUAUUUUACUGCUGUAGGUUUAUGAAAAUUGAAGGAAAACGUAAUAAUUGACCGAGUCAUGUAAAGCUGUUCGAUUUUGGUUGUCAAAUUUACUAAAUGCAUAUAAACACCGCAGAAUGGAAGAUGAUGACCCUGGAGUCUACCUCCCAUUUUAAAAACUGUUCCAAGCACAUAUUGUAUCUCAAUCUCUGAGAGUUUUUGUCCUAGAAACAUAUAAGUGACACUAUUUAGAAACCUUGAAUCAACUAGUUUCCAAAUAUACUGUAUAUGUUCGAUGUAUCGAUGGUGGUUUGUAAAAACAAUAAAAGGAAAUCCUAGGAUUAAAGUCCUUUCACCUGCAGCAGGUCCAUUCAAAAAGCCAAUUCAACUUCAUUUGUAUUUGAAAGAGACACUCACUAAGAGAGUCUAACUUUUUUCCCAUUUGUAGAACAGCUACACAAGAUGUUCCUCUUACUUUUAUG